ACCGAACCAUACGAUCGAACAAAGAUAAUUUCAUUUGAACUCUAUCUUCAAGUAGAACCUCUGCUCUGCAAGUAACCAAAAACAAAAGCAAAAGUAUGCUUCUCCAGCCUCCAUCGGUGUUGAACCACCGUGUUUCUCUCUCUUCGUUCUCUUCCUACUCCCGACAGCUCCCACGUCAGAUCCCCCGGUUCAUCCUUUCCAAAACCCAGAGCUUCAAAAAGCUCCAAAUCACUUGUUCAAUCCCACAGGUCCAUGGCUAUGGAACGGUGGACUUCGAGAGAAGACCCAUGGUCAAAUGGAUCGCGCUCUACAAAAAAAUCUCUCUCAUGGAAAACCCUCAAUUGGGUUCCGCCUCCGUGUUGAACGACUGGGAGAAAGGCGGCAGCAAGGUCACCAAAUGGGAGCUUUGUAGGGUUGUCAAGGAGUUGAGGAAGUACAGGCGUUACAAGCAGGCUCUUGAGGUUUACGAGUGGAUGAACAACAGAAGUGAGAGGUUUAGAUUUUCAGCUAGUGAUGCCGCGAUUGAAUUGGAUCUUAUUUCCAAGGUGCGCGGAGUUUCGAGCGCCGAAGAUUACUUCCUUCAACUCCCCGAUACUUUGAAGGACAAAAGGAUCUACGGAGCCCUUCUGAAUGCCUAUGUGCGAGCAAGAUUGCAAGAAAAGGCGGAGUCUUUAAUCAACGAUAUGAGGAACAAAGGUUAUGCCUUGCAUCCUCUUCCGUAUAAUGUGAUGAUGACCCUAUACAUGAACCUUAAGGAGUACGAUAAAGUCGAGUCCAUGGUUUCGGAAAUGUUGGUAAAAAACAUACGUCUAGAUAUAUAUUCAUACAACAUCUGGUUGUCGUCUUGUGGUUCCCAAGGAUCUGUGGAAAGAAUGGAACGAGUAUAUGAGCAGAUGAAAGAAGAUCGAAGCAUCAUUCCAAACUGGACUACGUUUAGCACAAUGGCGACUAUGUAUAUCAAGAUGGGACUGCCUAAGAAAGCCGAAGAAUGCUUGAGAAAUGUAGAGAGUAGGAUCACUGGUCGGGAUCGUAUACCAUAUCAUUAUCUUAUUACACUUUAUGGUAAUGUUGGUAAUACGGAGGAGGUUUAUCGGGUGUGGAAAGUUUACAAAUCUAUUUUCCCCAGUAUUCCGAAUUUAGGUUAUCAUGCAGUGAUCUCGUCUCUGGUUAGGACCGACGAUAUUGAAGGGGCGGAAGAGAUUUACAAAGAGUGGCUAUCGGUUAAAACAUCUUACGACCCUAGAAUAGCGAAUCUUCUCAUCGGGUGGUAUGUCAAAGAAGGUAACUUUGAUAAAGCUGAGAGCUUUUUCAAUCACAUAGCUGAUGCCGGAGGAAAGCCAAAUUCAAGCUCAUGGGAAACUCUUGCUGAAGGGCGUAUCAGAGAGGCGAGAAUCGACGAGGCUCUAUCUUGCCUAAAAGAAGCUUUUGCAACCGAAGGCUCAAGAAGUUGGAGGCCGAAGCCCACAAAUGUUUCUGCCUUCUUUAGUCUCUGCGAGGAAAAAGGAGACGAGGAAAGUAGGGAGCUUUUGGUGGGAUUGAUACAGCAAGCCGGAUAUCUAAAAAACGAAGCUUAUGCAUCACAAAUUGGAUUAUCAGAAGGUGCCAUCGGAAGUGAAUUGCCAACAGACAAAGAUAUAAACAACCCCUAUAGUUCCGUUGUUGAGUACAAGGAUGAUAAUUCGGAGGUGCUUCUCAACCAACUGCAGAGCAGCGCCUGAUGACCGGUAUUUAAGUCAUGGGUUAAACAUAUUCGCUGAUGUCGGCAUGGAUCAGAACUUAUAGCUAUUUAUCUACGCAUUUGGAUGCAUUUGUGCAGGGGAAGCUUGAAAAACGGACCUAGACGAACUCUUGCGGGUGCACUUACCGUUUAACCCUGUUCGAGAUUUAUGAAUUUGCAAAUUUAAGCCUGUUUAGGUGCUCAAGUGGAAAGGAUAUGAAUAGUUUAGCAUUCUCAUGACUUAGAAGCUGAUUGAACCUAUAUAUAAAGUUGUUUUGGUUUGGUCACAUCCCAUACCUUUUCAUAUAUAAUGUGUUGUGGAAA